AUGGCAGUCGAACUGUACAAAACGCAGGUUAUUGAAGACCUGGAUGCGCACUUAUUGGGCAUCCAUGGCAUCCUGCUGGAGGACUUGCCCUUGACGAAGUUGCAAGAAUUCCUGGAAGAUCCAUCCAUAUUCGACAAAGACUCCGAAGCACUGCAAGAGACCUGGAAAGAGCUUUAUGGUUCUGGUCGCAUGCCCAUCCCGACUGCGGAGACCCAGGUUGGUGCGAAGUACUUUAAAAUUGCCCUUCAGCUUCUCUUGUACCAUCUUGCAUCCCUAUGUCAGCUUUUGCACCUGAAGGCCAAAGCUUGCCACGAGCACGAAGAGCACAUGGCGGAGACACAAGCUCUUCGAGAGUUUCUUGAAGCACGGGAAGCUCAUGCAGAGGCUGGACGUGGAGCGAUGACCGGAGGCACAAAGAGCCUUUGGAUGCCCUGGGUGGCGGAGAUGUCGAAUGUCCUCUCGGACAGGGAGGCUGAGCAGCGCAGGGGGCGAGGAUCGAAGGGCUUCAAGAGAUUGACUGCGUCGGGACUGGAGCCAGAACUACUGGCCAUUAUUACCAGCCAGACCGUGCUGAACCUGCUCAUGCUGCCAUGCUUUCGGAAUAAGGACGAGAUGGAAGAGGCUGCCAGGCAGAAUCGAUUUGGAGACGUUCCGUUCACUACGGCAGCCGUAAGCGUCGGGGAGGCGGUCGAGAAUGAGCUUUUAUGGCGCGAGAUUGCUGCCUAUGAAAGCGGUCAUGGUACGAACACGUCAGAAGGAGCCAAAAAGAUGCUGCAAGUGCGCAGGCUUAAGCAGGCUUUCCGGGACAAGACCCAGACGGUUCCUUUGGGAGCGGCGCUGGUGGACUUACUGAUCGACUGCUCCACUUUCCGCGUUCCAGCCACAAGUAGCGAAGCCGAGGCCUUGAUACAUGGCAAGCGACGGGAGGGAGUAAAACAGGUCUCGCACUCAAGGAACCUUUCCGAGUGUCAGACUUCCUCCAUUUUUUUCCACGUCACAGAGGUUGGGUACUUGGCAUUACAUCCAGCAGCACGGUCACGGAUGGAGUCGGAGGGUGAGCUCCUGCGUUUCAUCAAGCCAAAGUUGCAACCAAUGGUCAUCCCUCCUUCCCCAUGGCGGCCAUGUGGAGACUCACCUCAAGGCCCCUACAUUCUCCACAAGACCGCAUUCGUGAGAACUCAAUCUGAGCACAUGGCGCAGCUCAGAAGCUAUGGUGCAUCGCGAAGUGCUCAAAUUAUGGAUUCCUUGGGAAACACGCCGUGGAGGAUCAAUGGAGACAUUCUGGCCUGGAUUAAGGAGGCCCAGUUCCGCGAUUUGGCCAUUGCAGAGGUCCCGCCCAAGACAGAUCCGCUUGUCCCCCCUCUUCCAGAUGAGGACGACCCGAAUUAUCAGGUUCUGCGUCUCAGGCGUCUCAACGCAGAAAAGCGUGUCCGCGAACUGCGAUCGGAGCGGCCAACCUUUGCGUUGAAGCUUCGGGUUGCAGAAGACUUCCUCAAUGCAGAUCGGCUUUACUUUCCGCACAACGUGGAUUUUCGCGGGCGCUGCUAUCCCCUGCCGCCGCACUUGAACCACAUGGGGGAUGACGUCAGCCGCGCGCUGCUGAUGUUCUCGGAGAGCAAGCCUUUGGGACGUGAAGGUCUCUUCUGGCUGAAGGUGGACGUAGCCAACCUACAUGGCAAGAAUAAGAUAUCGCUUGAAGAACGGGUGAAAUGGGUGGACGACCGCAAAGACAUCAUCAUCCAGGUUGCUGAGAAUCCUUUGAGCCCAGAGUCUAUUGACCACUGGGCCCAUGCAGACGACGGGCCGUGGCAGGUCCUGGCCCGGUACCUGGAGCUCGCGGAGCUCUACAAGAACCCAGGGGCCGAAGAGGACUUUAGAAGCCAUCUGCCUGUCCACGUGGACGGGUCCUGUAAUGGUCUCCAGCACUAUGCGGCUUUGGGCCGAGAUCUUGCAGGUGGACGAGCUGUGAACCUGCUCCCCGACGACAAGCCUCAGGACGUCUAUACGGUUGUCUUGAAGAUCGUCAUAGACAAGGUGAAAACAGAUGCCGACAAACCAGCACAGGAUGGCCUCACUGCGGACGGCCGCCCUCUGGCCCUUGAUCAUGGAUUCCUCGCUCGAAGGCUUCUGGAACUCGACGUGCUACAGCGCAAGGUAGUCAAGCAAACCAUCAUGACCAUUUGCUAUGGCGUCACAGCCGCACGCCCUGCCUUGCUUUACUGCAAGCACAGAGUCGGGCUGUUUGGCGGUCGAGGCCUGCUAAUUGCUUGUAUUGUACUUCUGGCAAUGCCGAGCUUGGAUGAUGCAUCUACGCUGCUGCUGGAAAGCCAGCUGGCAGAGCGGAAGGCAAGAGAAGCACUAGGCCUUCUCCGCGAGAAGCCCGAUGCUUCGCCAGGUCCUGCAGAUGCCGUCAGGAUGCUGGCCCUGGCUUGUUCGGCCAGAGGCGACCGAAAGGCCGGUCUCAGCCUGCUCUCCCAAGAGCUGUCUGCCGGGCACGGUGGCAGCCGGCGGCAGAAGGCUGUCCUGCGCCUGGCCUUCGCGGAGAUUGCAAAUUCGCGAUGUGGCAGCAAGCGGCGGGAAGAGGCGCUCGAGGCAGCUCUGGAAGCGGUCCAAGCUUUCCGAGAUCUGAAAGAACAGCGGCUAGAGGGCUGGGCAUUGAUUGCGCUAGCGCAUACCCAUGUCCAGAAAGGCACCAAGAGCGAAGUUCCUGAAGAGCUAACGAAAGCUCUGGAAGCAGCGGCGGAAGCACAAUAUGUACUCAGAGAGGUUGGCGAUCAAGUAGGUGAAGGAAAAGCAAUGCAUACCACUGCGGUUGCACUUUCCUUUCAGAACAACAUCGACGAGGCAGUGGCAAGAUCCAGAGAACUGGUUUCAUAUUGGCACGAUCUUGGCUACACUCGCCUGGAGGCAUUCCAGCAGGAGUGCGUGAGUGAGUGGGAGCUGCUGCGUCAUAGGCCUGAGGAGGCGCUUGAAGCUGCCCAGGCAGCCUUGGAACAGAAGAUGCAGAGGGAGGCCCAACGUGGAGCCCAGGCAGACCCCGUGCCUGCCCGAUCUGCAGCAGCGCUGAUCCACGCUUCAAAUGCUUACCUCACCAUGGGUAAGACGGACGAAGCGCUCAAGCUGUCUCAAGAAAGACUGGAGACCUUUCGACGGAAUGCAGACUUCGAGAGCGAGAUCGUUGCACAGUCCUCCAUCGUCUCCGUAUAUGUGAACUCCGGGCGAUUACGACAAGCUGCAGAGAUAGCCGAGGAAACGCUGCGCAAAGUCCGGAGCCGGCCAUCCUCCAGACUCCUGAAAUGCUGGGAAGUUGACCUGCUGCAGACUCUCUCCAAGAUCUACUUGAGAGCAGAGGAUGUGGAGAACUCUGAAAAGAUCAUUGACCAAACCAUUGCGGUUGCAAGCGAGCAGAAGGACCGGAAGUCGCUGGCUGCAGCCUAUUUGCUUCAAUCAGAACUGGCCUUGCUCAAGAAGGAGAACCGCCUAGGAUUGAAAGCCGCGAUGAGAUCGCGCGACUUGUCCAGGAAGACAGGCACCAAGAAAGGGGAGGCCUCUGCUUUGCUGCAGUUGUGCUCGGCAUACUGUGCCAGAGGUGAACUAAAACGAGGUGCUGCGGUCACUGUAGAGUCCCAGCGCAUCUUUCAUUCAGUGGGUGACCGUGAAGGUGAGGCAGACGCCCUGCGAAUGCAGGCCGAAGUCCGCCUUCAUUUGAAUGACUUUCCCAGAGCAAUCGCUGCCGCAAGAAGGUGUCGGGAACUGCAGCGUGAAAUGGGUGACCGAAAAAGCGAAGCAUGGGCGUGUGUGCAAUUGGCGCAGACGCUGCUGUCAGCUGCAUCGGACGAGGAGAAGCAGGAGCUAGAUUUGCGAGCGAAGGCAAAGGAGGAAAAGGCCAGAAACGAAGGAAAACUUCCCGACAAUGCUGGCGAGAGCGGUAACAGCGACUGGUUCCAAGCAGAUGACGAGGAUGAGAACCAGGAAAGACCAGCCAGAGCAGCUUUCGAACGCGCCCUUCAAGCUGCAAAAGACGCUCUUCAGUUGUCGCGCCCACAAGAGGACGAGCAGCUGCUGUCGCGGGCGCUGUUGUCGCUUGCCACAGCGCAAAUGAUGUGCUUAGAGCCGGAUGAAGCUGACAAGUCCAUCGCAGAGGGUCUUCCCUUGGCACAGACGGUCAACGACUCCUCUGCCGAAGCCCACUACCUCCUUGUCAAGUCGCAACUCGCCGAAAUCCGCGGCGCCAAGUCCCAUCCGGAGGCGAAGGAGCUGGCGAACCAGGCUUUGCAACUCUUCACUGCGCAGAGAGAUGAGUCUGGGGAGUCUGCUGCACAAGCAAUCCUGAAACGACUUACGCCCAAGACUAUUGGUGUGCGACCGACAGACACUGGCGGACGAAGCUAUUAUGCUGCUGAGGGUGAUGAGGAUAUGGAGGAGUAUUGGGAAGAGGAGGUGAUAGAAGAAGGUGGUGGUGGUGGCGGUGGUCCCGUCGAAAUCCAGCCUUACAGUGGGCCAAAAACAGAUGAGAUCGUGGCUACUGUCAGUGACGUGGCGCUGAGUUUGAUUGGUGUGGAGACUCUCGAUGCAGACGAACCACUUAUGGACGCAGGUCUUGACAGCCUGGCUGCUGUGGAGUUUGGAAAUACACUGGCAAAAGAGUUCUCUGGCGUGGCCCUUCCAUCGACGUUGAUGUUCGAUUUUCCUUCAGUCAAACUGCUAUCAGGCUUCAUCGACUCCGGCAUGCGGGAAGCCCACGAGAAGAGUGAGGCUCUUCGGGUGCAGAACGCUGCAGCAGGGGGAGGAGGAGGGGGGGGACAGAGAAAAACCCGCAUGGUCAGAAAGUUUCGGCCAAAGCCUGGUGGUGGUGGUGCAGCGCGCCGAAGGCAGAUGGCCUUCAAUCAACAGGCCAUGCCUGUGCAGAUGGUCCCUGCUAUCCCGCAGGCAGCCUCGCAGCAGGUCCAAGAGGGGGCUUUUUGUGCCUGGGAUUUUGUGGUCAUCUGUUGGAUAGCCUGCCAGUCGCUGAAAGGCCCCUCGUUGGCUGAGAUCGAAGACGUGGUUAAAGACACUGCUUUGUCUCUCAUUGGAGUUGAGACUUUGGACAAUGAUGAGCCGCUCAUGGAUGCAGGUCUUGAUAGCCUUGCUGCCGUUGAGUUUGGAAAUGCCAUUCAGAAGGAUUUUGUCGGCUUGAACAUGCCAAAUACGCUGAUGUUCGAUUAUCCUUCAGUCAAAGCGUUGACACAGUUCAUCAAUGACGGAUUGAUAGUUGGAGCUCGCAAGCAGGUCCAAGGCCAAAUCGAGGAUAUGGUGGGUGACAAGGUCGACCCUGAUGAGAUCUUGCAUCUGGCAAAAUACCUGUCAAGGUUGGUGUUAGCUUCCAUCGAUGAGGUUUUCGAGCAGGCGAAGAAGAUCCAACAGUGGUUGAACCAGAUCACGCGGCUCUUCAGCAGGCUGCAGGCUCCAAAUGCGUGGAUCUCGCCUGUCGGCUUGAACUGCGUGCAGCCCUACCGACAGCCACGGACGGCCGUGGUCCAGAGCAAGCGUCAAAGGGUCUCGCUGAGAAUUGGCGAUUCCCCGAUGGUAUCUCCGGCCAAGCAAAGAAUGGGCUUUCCGCCCAACUUCAUCCAUUCGCUUGAUGCCUCCCACAUGAUGAUGGUUGCGGAGGCCUGCGAGCGGGAUGGCAUCACGUUUGCAGCAGUGCAUGAUUCGUUCUGGACGCACGCUUGUGACACCGCCAAGCUCAACGAGCUUACUCGUGAUGCUUUCAUCGAGCUUCACAGCAAGCCAAUCCUCACUGAGCUCUACGAGGACACGAAGGUUUUUUUUGCUCCUGCGUGCUGGCACGCAGCUCCCGCCCACAGCCGGCCCUGCGGCUGA